AUGGUGGCCAGCAAGUUGGAACAGCUUCCCACAGAAAUUUGUACGCUUAUCCUUAGGCAGUUGAAGAGCGAAAGUGACCGAAAGAGUCUGGCGCAAUGCUCCAAACAUUUAUAUCAUGUCGUUAUCAGCAAUAUCUUCUCAGCAAUCAAACGAGAUUACCCACCUUACGAUAAAACCUUUGUCUCUAAGCCAAUACUGCCGGGCAAGUACCAGUACGUAAAACGACUGGAGCUGUUCCCCAGGGAUGCUGCUAUGCUUGAUUGGUGUUAUCAUAGUGGUAACCACGAUAACGCCUCUGGAAGAAAACGCGCCUACGACUUCAUGAAAGAAAAGUCUUAUGCCGUAAAAAGACGGAGGGGAUUCUCUAGGAAGGAUGACGACACCUUGGUGGAGAAACACACCUACGACUUGAUAACAGAAAGGGCGAGUGCACUUAGCGAUGAGAAACUCGAGGUUUUUAGAUGGGAGAUGAAAACGUGCGUCCCUGGUUCACUCUUAGGAACGUACGGGGUUCUUCCGCUCAAGCAAAAAUCGCUGCGACGGUUACUCCUUGCAACUACAUCGCAAUGCCGUCUUCGAAACCUUGGAUUUUUCUUCAACAAGGAACCCAACCAGACGAUAGAUUUGUCAGCCUUCCGCAUGCUCGAGCAAAUAGAUUGGACGACUCCAAAUGCAGUAUUUAUUGCAACGCUCUCCCUCGCUAUCAAGCAAAACGCUGGGCAUUUGCGAAGGCUUCAUCUGCACUUUGAUGAUUGGAAACGGUUCAAACACAGAAUACGGGAGACCGAGUUCCUUGCCGAUCUCAGCGAAGAUGAAGCCAUCGAGAUUGGGUUCGCUAACCGACUAUUCAACGCGCCGAGUCCGAGAGAGCACCCCACUAGACAUCUGUUUCCUGAGCUUCGUGAUCUGUUUUUGUCAGACGUGCCCCUCUCGGGAGAGUUGGCGAGCGCAAUCGAUUUCCGGUCCCUUCGAUCCCUUGGGCUUCACUCAUGCCCAGGUUGGGACCAGUUUCUGCUUCGCUCGCUGAGCGAACUCGAAAACCAUCAGAAACUGAAGAAACUCGAGAUACAAGACGACUGCACUGCACCGACUACAGUAGAGCGUAUCCUCAAUGAGAUAAUUUGCACAGUCUACAGGUUGGAAGAGCUCUUCCUAAGCCAUCUAGCACCAGUUGGAACACUGAAAAUGUGGGAAAAUAUCACUCAUCAUCAAGAAGACUUGCGACAUUUUGUGCAUCAUCAGCGUCAAAUUUCUGGAAAUGAUACCAAAGGCUAUAAACGGCGCAUCGGUGACGAUUUGGGAGACAUAUCUCUCCCUUGUAUGGAGCCGAUAUAUCCGCAAUUCUCAGGUCUCAACCUUGAGUCUAUCGGUUUAUCAUGCGAACCAAAGCAUUUCCUUAACCUACUGCCAUCCUUGAAAAGAAUGUCGUCCCUGAAAAUGAUCCAUAUUCGUCACUCUUAUGAUGACGUUAGAGACUGCUGGGCCGCUCCAUGGGAUGAAAGUCAGAAGCGGACACUGAGACCUGAAUUUCGGGAGUUUAUUGAGACAGUAUUUGGGGUUGAUGGCUUGCCUUCAGUUGAGGUGAUUGCUUAUGGCGACACCAGCCCACACGAACUGUACCUUUUUGAAAGAAAGGCGUGUUUAUCUUUCUAUGGUGCAGAGUGGAAUGAAUACAAGGUUCAGCACGAAGUGCUGAUGAACAAAUAUCGACACGCUUUUGAGGCAUGUUCCUCAAGGAGGAGAAGAUUGGGAAUCCCUCCGACGGGGUCUAUUUAA